UAUUGUCUAUGUAUUUAUAUUUUUAUACGUAUUGUUAAAAUAAAUAAGUAUAAACGAAAUAAAGGCACAAUGUGGUCGAUACUUUUGAGUUUCAUAAUCCCCUUCCUAGAUAAGAUUUGCGCUAUUUCAAUCGACAGAUUAAGACAAAAGAUAAAUAUCGCCCAAGAGGAAACAUUACAUUGGCCAAUGGGAAACAUACCUUACUAUUUUGAUACUAAAAGUUAUGAUUAUUUAAUAGGGUACCGUGUAAGAGCGGCUAUGGACAUUUUGGAAGAAGCUUCUUGUGUAAGGUUUAAACCAUUAACUGUAAAACCGACCAACGCUUCAUCUUGGAUUCAUAUUACUAAUCCAGAGAAGAAGAGAGAAUGUAUUCAUGAACCACGGUAUCAAGACAAAGGAUCUGGUGCUGUCAUAUGGGUACUGGGGUUCGAUUGCCUACAACGAAGAGAGUUGCUGCACUCUUUGAUGCACGCUAUUGGAUUUAAAGAUGAAGUGUCACAUUCACAAAGGGAUCAGUAUGUUCGGGUAAUGUGGGAAAAUAUACAUCCAAAAUAUCGUCCUCUCUUCCGCAUACAAAAUAAUGAGGCAUCUUCUAAAUAUUCUGUUGAGUACGAUCCGUUGAGUAUAAUGCAUUUUCAUGAUCGAGCUUACAGCAAUAACGGACAUCCAACGAUUACACCUUUGGUGUCCGGCCUGAUUAUAAGUCCCUCGGAUGAACUUUCUCAGUUAGAUAAAAUGAAACUACGUAUAAUCUUUGGUCAUGAAUGCAAUAGAAGAAAAGUAGGUGAUCUAUUGGAUUCAUGUAAAGAUGCUUUACAUGAUCAUACAUUUAAUAAAGAAAACGAUAAUAAAAAUCAUAACGGUACAUAUUAUCUAAAGAAAGAAGAAGAGACAAUUGAAAUAAAAUCAAAUAUGUCCCAAGAAAUUAAUGAAGAAAAACCUAAUGAGAUAAAAAAUGAUCUAGUUGCUGAAUAUGACAAUGUAGAAGUUUCUGAUAGUGAAGAUAAAAAAGUAAACGACAAUGAAAGUGAAGCAGGAAUAGAAAGCUCAAAAAAUUAUUAAAAGAAUGAUGAUAAAUCUGAGAAGUCAGGCGAAGUAAGACAUGAUGUCUCAAAAAAUUAAAACGUUAAUAAAAAGUAUUACAAAAGAAGUCUCAGAUAAGAAGUCUCAGUUAACCAAAUUUUCAUAUUAUAUAAAUUUUUUAAUGUAGAGCAAACUAAAAAAAAAACACUUCUUAAUAAUGUUUAAAAUAAAUAUUGUUAAAAGCUU